GCGCCGGAUUUAAGUCUUCGCGGUACGCUGGGCGUGUUUGCCACAGUUUCGGAAUGGCUAGCAUCGCGGGUAAACGUAUUCAAAAAGAGUUAGCUGAGCUGAUGAAAUCAGAUGAAGCAGCACAGAAUCAGUUGGAAAUAAAACCUUGUAAUGAUGACAUGAUGCAUUUAUGUGGUCUUAUCAAAGGCCCACCGGAUACUCCUUAUACUGGUGCUGAAUUCAAUUUAGACAUUAUAAUCCCUGAAAAUUACCCAUUUGUUCCCCCAAAGGUUAAAUUUAUCACCAAAAUUUGGCAUCCUAAUAUUAGUAGUGCCACUGGUGUAAUUUGCCUUGAUGUACUAAAGGAUCAGUGGGCUGCUGCUAUGUCAUUACGUACUAUACUUCUAUCUAUUCAAGCAUUAUUAGCUUCUCCAGAACCAGAUGAUCCACAAGAUGCAGUUGUUGCUAAUCAAUAUAAAAGUAGCAUAGACGCCUUUAAUCGAACUGCACGUCAUUGGGCAGGCAUUUAUGCUAAUGGACCUGGAUGUGAUCCUCAUUGUGUUGACUUAGUAGAUAAACUUGUUCAAAUGGGUUUUGAUGAGCAUGAAGCUUGUCGUGCAUUAUCCAUGAAGAAUUGGGAUUUAGCAAUGGCAACAGAACAUUUGAUAAAAUGAUUUUUCUUUUUCUUCUUGAACACAUAAAAAUGUAUCGAUAAUUCUAUUAGUUAUAUUUAUAGAUUUAUUAUGUAACUAACAGUUUGUUGAAUAGUUAAACGUAUCACUUUCAUAUCUACUUCCUUCUUCCUAUGUAUCCUUUCUUAUUCUCUUACUGUUUUGCCAAUUUCUAUGCAAAUUCUCAAUGAAUUUUCUAUACUCACGUAUGUAUGCCUCAUUUUUUUUUUUUAUAAAAGAAAAAGCUUCUGCAUUACUGCUUGCCUGCCUACCUGCCUGCCUUUUAUUCAUUCAUUCAUUCAUUCAUUCAUUCGAUUUCCAAUGUUUCAAUAACAAAAAAGUGUUCUUUUUAUGUAUGUGUGUGUG